AUGACUGAGCACUUCACUCAGCAGAGGAUUGAUGAACUGCGCGAAUGCUUCAACCUGUACAGCGACAACGGCUUCGUCAACAGCUCCUCCCAAUUGCGCUGUAUCUUGAGGUCCCUCGGCUACGCGCCCACCCAGCAAAAGAUCAGCGAGCACUACAGAAGGCAUAGAAAACAGCCCAUCGAUUUUGCCGUCUUCCUGCAGAUAGCCGCUGCUGAACAACAAGCCGGCGAUCCGCUCGUUGAAGUGAUUAAGGCAUUAAGGGGACUCGAUCGUGAGGGCCGCCAAUCGAUCAGUGCCCGCGAGCUCACGAACGUGCUGGCGUCGGUUGGCGAAAGGAUGAGCCUGCCCGAAAUCGACACCGUGCUCGACCAAGUGGCCGUCAACGGCAUCGUGCCCCACCAAAAGCUCAUCCAGCUCAUCUCCCGGCCGGCCGCCCAAUUU